AGCGAAUUCGCCCUUUCUUCAAUCAAAUUCCAAUUCGAAAUUUUGGUUGAUUAAUCAAAGUUUCCUGGAGAGAGUUCUUAAAUAUCCCCCUAGAAGGUAAUAAUCAUCGUGGUGGUUUUCUCAGGUUAUUUAUUAGUUUAAUUUCACAGUCGGUAAGGAAAAUCGUCGGAGACGGCGGUUCAGGUGGUGGUAGAAUGACGGAGUCGGACGUGGUGUUCGGCGGUUCUUCACUUAGAAAACAAAAAUUUAUGGAAUCAGUUUCAUCAUCAGUUUUUGAUAAGCUCACUGACGAGCUGUUAAUCGAAACCCUAAUACGUCUUCCUCUAAAGCCAGCCAAUAUCUGUAAGUGCGUCUCAAGACGAUUUCGUUCUUUGAUUUCCAGUUCGUAUUUCGUUCGAUGUUAUGUGAAUCAUCAUCAAGUCGACAAUUCAUUUGCUCUUUAUUAUCAAUCGAAACCUACCUUCCAUAACAUGAUACGUCCUUCCCUAAUGGGCAUCGAUAUUGCAUUUGGAUUCCCCAUUUUCGAAUCUCCUGGGUUUUCUUUAUCUUUCCUUGCCUGUUCUGAACAACAAAAGCAAGAGACUUUACAAUACUUGGCUUCAAACAACGGGUUAGUUUUAUGCUGUGCGGCUCUGCGUCGUCCGAUUGUUUACUUUGUUUGUAAUCCCUUAACUAAGCAAUGGGUUGCAUUGCCUCCACCUCCUAGCAACGUUAAAACAGUUUAUGUUGGGUUUAUAUGUAAUCCCCGAUAUUCAUGUGAUGAUGAUCACGAAGGAGGAGGUGAAUCUGAAAUGGGAAGCAAAACGAGUUUUAAGGUGGUUCGAAUUGAUGUAGUUAACUGUGAGUCCCCUAGGCAAUUAUCAGGUACAUUGAAACUGGAAAUAUUUUGUUCAGUGUCAGGGAGGUGGACUGAAGAGUAUUUUAUGUCAAGUUCUACCUUGGACCAUGAAUUGUUUUAUGGAUGGAAUUAUCGGUGCCCUAGUGCUGUAGUUUGCGAUGGAUUGCUUCAUUGGGAUACACUUUCAAAUUGUGGUAUUUUCACAUAUGAUCCUUAUAAUGGUGAAUGUAGAACCAUUGAGCUUCCACAUGAGAUAAGAAAGCCAGUAUGGGCUUUCAAACAUUGCUUAGGGGAGUCUUCUGGUCGACUAAGAUAUGCCAAUUUUUCUUGGGAUGAUACAAAUUACCGAGUGUGGGAACUGAAGGAUUAUGGCAAUGGUGGUGAGUGGUUGUUGUUGCACAAAGUUCAUUUGGAUGAAAUGAAAUCCACGGUACAGACCAUCAACAAGGAUUGCAUGGGUAUGCUCUCGCCCCAUCCACUUAAUCAGGAUAUUCUUUUCUUUUGGUGUCGCUCCUCGUGUCGAAUUGUGGAAUACAACAUGGGAAAUAAGCUUCUGCAGUUGCCGUGUUUUCUUCGAGAUGCCAAGAUUAUGAGUCUUUUGAGCCCUAUGUUCUUCCCUUUUGUGCUUCCUUGCUGGCCUAUUGCUCUUCCCCUAAUCCAGCAGCAUGGCCCUAACUUGUAAAUUUAAUGUUCGAUAUCCGCUUUCCUUUUUCAUUUUUUAAUAUUAUACAAGUCUAUAUCAUGCACUUCUAUUGUACAAUUGGUAUGAAAUAUAUGGUUCUAUUAUGAGCAUUCUAGCAACUUGUAUUACCUUAAUACAUUGUUUCAUGCUAGUUGACAUAAAAUUGUCUUGCUGUUCAUCUGUAUUUCUUUUGUUCCGCUAUUCU